AUUGUACCAAUGUAUGAAUCUCCUUCACUUCUCCUUAACUCCUCUAAACUCCUCUGUUUGUUGAGAGUUUCUGGUACGAAAAUGGUUAAAAUAUGGUUACGUCUGUUAUUUUAAAACGUUCUUUCUGUGGGUCUUCACGCAAAUUCACUUAUUUUAUCUCAAUAAGGCAUGGCUUUCCUUCAUCGGCUAUGUUGUUAUUGGCCCUGUCUUUGCUUUUGUUCUUGAAGCUUUCGGUUUCCUUCGUAUCAAGUUUUCCUCUUUAUACUUCCUUGUAUGACAAUACACACAGUUUCUUUUGUUAUUUAAUUACCAGCUUAACCUUUUUGACCUUAAAACAUUCUUUAGAAUCGUUGAUGAAGAGCUCCGUAAGAGGAAGCAACAGAGCUGUAGGUCGCAUAUUCUCUGCAGAGAACAGCGUCCGCGGCCAGAAAUACGGUCGUCUAAUCAAUAACGACGACGACAACAAUAACGACGACAACGAAAGCACGAGAUCCUCCACCCACAGUCCAAUGCUGACCUCCGACGCGGCCUCACCUUUCAACGACCCAUCGUCCUCCCCAUUCAGCAAAUCACCAUGGUCUGCUCACAUGAACCCGAACCCAUCUCCAUUUGCGGAUAAUAAUUUCUCGCCUAAUGUUCUUAUGGGGUCAUUGGUUCGUGAAGAAGGACAUAUAUAUUCAUUAGCCGCUAGUGGGGAACUUUUGUAUACUGGGUCCGAUAGUAAGAACAUUCGUGUAUGGAAGAACCAUAGCGAGUUUUCUGGAUUUAAAUCGAAUAGUGGAUUGGUUAAGGCAAUUGUGAUUGCAGGGGAGAAGAUAUUUACAGGACACCAAGAUGGGAAAAUCAGAGUUUGGAAGGUUUCCUCCAAGAAUCCGGGUAAUCAUAAGCGGAUAGGAACAUUGCCUACUUUCAAAGAUUAUAUCAAGAAUUCGAUGAAACCGAGUAAUUAUGUGGAAGUGAGACGCCAUAGAAAUGGGUUGUGGUUGAAACAUUUCGACGCCAUUUCGUGUCUUAGCUUGAAUGAAGAUAAAACUCUUCUUUACUCUGCUUCUUGGGACAAGACUUUCAAGGUUUGGAGAAUAUCAAACUUCAAAUGCCUCGAAUCGAUCCCUGCUCAUGAUGAUGCUGUUAAUUCUGUUGUUUCUGGCUUCGAUGGCCUAGUCUUUACAGGAUCUGCCGAUGGUACUGUGAAGGUUUGGAGAAGAGAAAUGCAGGGGAAAGGAACAAAACACUUCUUUUCACAAACAUUAUUAAAACAAGAAUGUGCAGUUACAGCAUUGGCUGUGAAUCCAGACGCCACAGUAGUCUACUGUGGCUCAUCAGACGGGGUUGUUAACUUCUGGGAACGCGAGAAGCACCUCGCACACGGCGGUGUAAUAAGAGGCCAUAAAUUGGCAGUCCUGUGCUUGGUCACGGCAGGAAAUCUUGUGUUCAGUGGCUCAGCUGAUAUGGGUAUAUGUGUAUGGAGAAGAACAGAAAGCCAACACGCUUGCUUGUCGAUUUUAACAGGACAUAACGGGCCGGUGAAGUGCUUGGCUGUCGAGAAAGAUGAAGAAUCAGGUUCAGGAGAGCAAAGGUGGACCCUGUACAGUGGGAGUCUGGAUAAGUCAGUGAAGAUGUGGCGAGUGUCGGAGCAAGCACCACCAAUGGUGAAUAAUCAGCAUCUUCUUCAUGAUCCAACGGAACCAAACACAUUACCGGCUGCACCUAGCUUCUCUUCUCAAGGGAGGAUUAGUGUGAGGAAGUCUUAGGAGGAAAGUGGUUUGUACAUGCUUGUACUUGUGCACGUGAAUAUUUUGUGUGUUUGGAGAUUGAAAGUUGACAUGAAGACGAUGCAAUAUUUGUUUCAUUGUGUGCGCGUUGCAGAAUGAAUAUGUAUUUCUGUGAUAAUUUGGAGAGAUUUUGGUUUUCCUUCUAAGCCAA